UUAGACACUCCUAACGGCCUGUUGAGUUUUUGGAGACAUGGAAAUUUUAAGUGUGGAAGACUGGAGCAAAAGCGCGCGGGAGGUCAACAUCCUGGAGUCACGGCAGCAGAGCUCGAGCUUGGCGGAGAGGGCUGAGGAGCAGCAGCACGAAGACCCCUGCUACCCAGCCAGUCUGACGCUCGUGGACAGCAGCGGUGACCCACGCGCCUGGCUGGCUCCGGUGCAGGCUCCUGGCACCUGCACGGCACACGCCACUUCACCCGACUACCUGCUGCACUCCCCCUGUCCCAGCACCGGCUCCUACCACGAAAGUGGCUCACCGGUGUCCUCCGGCCAUCCCAGCCCGCCCAGUUACAGAAAAACUGCCAAGAGCCCCUCCUCUUCCUCGCUCAAAGUCAGGGAGCUGUGCCGGCUAAAAGGCUCCGUCACCGGGGCCGAUGAGGUCGCAUCCCGACAGAGAGCCCCUUCAAGCAAGCCGAUCAACGGCGUGCAGAAACAGAGGCGCGUGGCUGCGAACGCGCGCGAGAGGAGGCGAAUGCACGGACUGAACCACGCGUUCGACGAGCUGCGCAGUGUCAUCCCGGCUUUCGACAACGACAAGAAGCUCUCCAAAUAUGAAACUCUGCAGAUGGCGCAGAUUUACAUCAACGCCCUGGCUGAUCUGCUGCAAGGCCCGGUUUCCUCCACGAGCACCGACAAUAACAAUGAUAUCUCCAACAACAACAGCAACAAUAACAACAACAACAACAGCAACAACAACUCGCCAAAGAGUGAUCUAAUGCAUUCACCCACCGUCGGGUUUGACGGAGCAAAGGACAGAACUUCUCCCUCACUGUCAACCUGUCGGAGAGCGGCGGCAGGCCCCGGCUCAGGUACCGGCUUACCUGUCCUCAUCAGCGGGAUGCCCUUCUGCUCUUCCUUCGACGACGGUACGUUUUCCGCCAUGAUGGAGGAGGCGAUUUGUUCCCCCUCUCCUUCCUCCUCACCUUCUUCCUCCUCCGGGGCAGGCACUUCGGUUGCGCCAGUGGGAAGUGGGAGGAAGGAUUCUCCCCGAAGCGACGGGGAGUUUUCCCCGCACUCCCACUACAGUGACUCAGAUGAAAUACCGAUGGAGCUCCACUCCAGCGAGGAAGACGACCUUACGGAACUGAAGUUACCCAGCCACCACCAUCACUCUGUUUCUUUCUAAAACAACCAAACCAUAGACUAUUUUUAAAAGGAAAAAAAGACUUCAAACCGUGUCAAUCAUAAAUAGAGUCUAUCUGUUCCUAACAAAAUGCAUUUUUAAGAGCGUAGAAAGUCUUGCCUCUCCAAAAAGUCAUUUUCGGUUUUUAACAAUAAUUCUAUUUUAUCAACUUGAUACAUAUAGCCUAAAGAUUAUUUUUUAUGUGAGAUAGGCCUAAUUCGGUUCUGCCAACAGAUUUGUAGCCUAUAAUUUCCAGUUUCCAUGGAGACGUGGCUGGAAGACCCCUCUGCCAUGUCGCGUGCAGCACUGCCAUGGGCAUCUCCCACGUCACUCCGACCAAAACCUGUCUUCCGCAAGAAUCACUUGUUAUGGAUGAUUGUUGAUAUUUUAUAAUGUACAUAUGACUUUUUGUAGCCACAAGUCUCUUCAUUUUGGUCGUGGUUUUUGUUUUGAUUUUUUAAAAAAUGUUUAUUUGUUUGUAUAAAUGGCCCUUUAUUAAUUGUCAUGCAACUUCAAAAGUUCAUAAUGUGCACUUUAAAAUGUACGAGCCAGAGGCUUGAGGAAUGCGCGUUUUGUUUUCAAACCAUAAACAAUAUAGUUUUGCUUUGUUUGCUAGUGUAGUGCUGCCAAUUCCAUACAAAUAGCCUAUUUAACGUAGCCAUUAUUGCUUAGCCUUCUUUUGUAUUUUUUUUUCUUUUUGUUUGUUUGUUUAUUGAUUAUUCAAUUUAAAUGAACUUUUGAUGAACUUGUGUGUCUUUUGCUUUCACUGGAUGAGAUUAAUUGACAUGUAUUUAUUGAUGAUACUUUUCAUUUGAUUUGCUUUUUAUA